ACUCAGGAUACAUGACAACUGAUCAAAAAAUUGUCAUAUUUUCCAACUAGAACAAUAAAACUUUGACUUUGUGGUAAGAGAAAAAUUCAAAUCUUAUUGCUUUCUGCUGCAAAGUUCCAAUUCCAAUGACGUACGUGAUUGCAUCUUGCAAAUUGUAAUAAGACAUAUUUUUCAUUUCCCAAGAUGGAUUUUUAAUUAUAUUUACUUAGAAGUAGCAAACUAGUCGACAAUGGAUUCAGUCCCAGCAAAGUCAACGGUUGCAGUACUUGCUUUUACGGUCAUACUCUUUCUUUUCUGUCUUCUAUGGUUUUCAAGAACUGCCUCAAGCAGCAGAAACAAAAGGAGAACGGCAACAGAAGCCAGCGGCGCAUGGCCUAUAAUCGGCCAUGUCCCCCUCCUAGGAGGGCCACGACCACCUCACUUAAGCUUGGCCAACAUGGCGGACAAAUUUGGAACAAUAUUUACUAUCAAGUUGGGUGUGCAUAGAGCUUUGGUGGUGAGCAAUUGGGAGAUUGCUAAAGAAUGUCUCACCACAAACGAUAAAGCCUUCGCUACUCGUCCGAAGCUUGCUGGCAUGGAAAUUUUGGGCUACAACUACGCCAUGAUUGCCUUUGCGCCAUAUGGACCUUACUGGCGUCAAGUACGCAGAUUCGCCACCGUUGAGCUCCUGUCGAACCACCGGCUCGACAUGCUUAAACGCGUGAGGGAAUCCGAGGUAGAGACAUCUCUGCAACAGUUAUAUCAGCUAUGGGACAAGAAGAGAAGUAAUUCCGCUAAAGUAUUGGUGGACAUGAAGAGAUGGUUCCGAGAUGUUGUUCUUAACGUGAUUCUGAUGAUUAUCGUCGGGAAGCGAAUCCCGAACUCCAGCGAAGGCGAUGAAACCGUGAAAUGGAAGAAGUCGUUGGACGACUUCUCUGAACUAGGUGGGAAAUUCGUGGUCUCAGAUGCGUUGCCGUUUUUGAGAUGGCUGGACAUAGGAGGAGAGGAGAAGUUCAUGAAGAAGAUAGCGAAAGAACUGGAUCAAGUUGUUGAGGGAUGGCUACAAGAGCACAAGCACAAGAGAGCUGCAAAUGAGGCCAAUAGCGAGGAAGAUUUCAUGGGAGUGAUGCUGUCUAUCCUCCGUGAUGCAGAGGAGCACGAUGCUGAUACAGUCAACAAAGCCACGUCUCUAGCUCUUAUCUUAGCGGCUGAAGAUACAACAUCAAUCACAAUGACAUGGGCUUUUUCUUUAUUACUCAAUAACCGUAACAGACUGAAGAAGGUCCAACAGGAACUAGACACCCAGGUUGGUAUGGAUAGACUGCUAGUGACGGAAUCAGACACCAAAAACUUAGUGUACCUUCAAUCCGUCGUUAAGGAAACGUUACGCCUAUACCCUGCUGCUCCCCUCUCUGUUAUCCAUGAGGCCAUCGAAGACUGCACAGUAAACGAUUACCAUGUUUCUGCUGGCACGUGGCUCAUUCUAAACCUUCACAAGAUUCAUCGCGAUCCGGAAGUGUGGUCAGACCCCUGUGAAUUUCGACCAGAAAGAUUCUUGACCACCCACAAAGAUGUUGAUGUCAGGGGACAGAACUUUGAACUGAUACCGUUUGGCAGUGGAAGAAGAAUGUGCCCCGGAGUUUCGUUUGCGCUUCAGAUUUUGCAUCUCACACUCGCUAAUGUGCUGCACUGGUUCGACUUUGCAACCCCGUUAGAUGAACCAGUUGCUAUGCGUGAGGGAGCAGGAUUGACAAGUCCUAGAGCAACUCCACUUGAAGUUCAUAUAACUCCACGUCUUCCUGCUUCUCUAUACGAGUCUACGAGCUGAUUGCUACAAUUAAGUUGAUUUAUAAUCGUACUGUAUUACACUCUAAACUUCUCAGAUAUUUAAUAAUAAUUUCGGGAUGCUUCAUUUCUCUUGUGGUAGCA